CUUACCCAUCUCACUUUCCUCAAAGGGACGAGAGAAUAAUUUUAAGCGUUGAAAGCAUCGAUCGUCUCCACCAAUGGCGGCCUCGUAGAUUUGACAACUUAACCUUUCUCGCAUCAUCUUUAUCAAACCAACGCAUGCAAGAUGUGCAUGCUCCAAUCAGGAAUCCCCAGUAGGUCCAGCUUCAUUUGGCACCGUGCGAGGCUCGCAAUAUCUUAAGAUGUCGAGCAUGAACAAUGGAACCCAUCUCCCUUUUACCUCUCUGUGCUUCUCCCACCUCUCUGCCCACCUUCCCUUCCUCUCUCUCUCUCUCAAAGAUCAUGGCACAGCAAAAAGUAGUCCUCAAAGUCCUGGCCAUGGUCGAUAACAAAACGAAGCAGAAAGCCAUUGAAGCUGUUGCAGAGAUCUAUGGAAUUGACUUCAUAGAAGCUGAUCUCAAGGAGCAGAAGAUGACCAUCAUAGGCGAGAUGGACACGAUCGCGAUUGCGAAGAAGUUGAAGAAGAUGGGGAGGAUUGACAUAGUAUCAGUGGGACCUGCUAAGGAAGAAAAGAAGGAAGAAAAGAAAGAAGAGAAAAAGGAAGAGAAGAAAGAAGAGAAGAAGGAAGAGAAGAAGGAGAACAAGGAGGAGAAGAAAGAAGAGCCAAAAGGAGAGAAAAAAUAACUUUACCAAUCGCUCCUCCUCCUCCUCUUAUACUUAUUUCUCAGACAAGAAACUCACAGAUCCUGAGAGUUCUAAAUUUCGCUAUAUAUGUAUUCGUUUUAUGAAGAGUUCUUAUAUGCUCAUACUUAUAGAGCAAUUUUACUGAUCAAUCCCAUCACCAAACAAUGCCAAACUGUGUGGCUUUACAUUAUGUUUUGCACAUUAAUUUGUAUUUAUGUUCUCGUUGAAGUUUAACUUGGUCUUA